CUCACGGAAGACACCUUGGCCACACCGACAAGAUUUUUUUUGGAAACGUUAGAGCGUCUCAGGAUUCGUUGCGAUCACGCAAGCCGUGGUUGUCGAGAAGUGGUCGAUCUUGAAUUUCUCGAUCAGCAUGUCAAAACCUGUGGCUUUUCGCCAACACGUUGUACAAACACGGGCUGUUCUGAAAUCGUCGACCGAAACGAGCAAGAACGACAUGAGAACGAACUUUGUCGCUUUCGUGGGAUUAUCUGUGACGAGUGCGGAGAGGAAGUCAUAUGGAAGUCGAGAGCUGUUCAUAUCUGCUUCAUACGAAAGGAAAUAGAUGAUUUAGUCAACGAAAAAAAGGGUCAAGACGAGUUGAAUCGCAAGUUGAUAGCCGAUAUUGCCCGUCAAAAUGUUGUCAUUGAUGUUCUACGCCGUAGAAACCGAGAAGUUGAAUUUAUUGCAAAGGAAGCGACCGAGAGGUGCGACUUGUUUUCUGGCAUGCGGAAAAUUUACGUCUUCGGAGGGCGUGACGAUAAUCGUAUACCAAUUAAUUCGGUAGAGUCGUUUAGUUGGCCUGAAAACGCCUGGGCAUUGGAACCAGGAAUGAACGUGCCGCGAUCAACGGCUGCAGCAUUUGUUUACCAGGGACAAAUCUUCGUGACUGGUGGACGGAUUGAAUCUUCGGGGUGCGCCGACAGCAUUGAGGAAUUAAACUUCGGGGAAGACAGAAAGGAAUGGGUCGAGUCUGACAUCAAGAUGCCAAUCAAAUGUAACGGUCAUGGAUUGGUUUGCCAUGAAAAUAUCGCGAUUCUCACCGGCGGUCAUGCCGGGGAUAACGUGUCUGAUGAGAUUUACAAAAUAGAACUUACUCCCCCAUACACGACCAGGCUAUUGACCCAGUUGCCAGAGGAAAGAUGUUUCCAUGGUUGUCAGAUUGUUGACAACGAAGUCGUGGUCGCUGGUGGACGGACAUCGUCAUGUCUCGCAGACACUAAAAACACUGUAUAUGCAUACGAUAUUAACAAUAAUGGGUGCAAAACCCUGCCGCCACUGCCAUUUCCUAUCUCUGAUAUGGCUUGUGUUAGUUAUAGAGGUAAUAUAAUUUUGAUUGGAGGUUAUAACGAGAAAGGCGAAACAUUGAACACCGUAUUCAUGUACGAAGUGAAAACAGGUAAAAUUAAGAUGUUACCUUGUCUUAAUCAUAAAAGAUCUGCAUGUACAGCAGUUAUCACUGGUAAUGUAAUCAUUGUUGUCGGCGGAUAUGUUCAUGAAACUAAAACUAAUCUAGAUUCAGUCGAGUGCUUAGAUUUAAGCACCAAUGUAUGGAAAGAAUUAUCUCCAAUGUUAGAGCAGCGUGGUUGCACAACUGCAGUUCUGCACUAAACGUUUAAUGCUGAUGAACAUGACGUAUAGAAACUGAUUAAAUAAUAGUAUAUCAUUAGACAGGUUAA